CUGAUUUAUUUUAUCACGUGGAUUUCAACGUUUAAUCGCAAUACAAAAAAAAACAACAAAAACCUGCAGUUUAAGAACUAGUCUCAUUGAUGGCACUUAUGUGAAGAAAUUUUAAUUGAUAAUAUAAAUCUUGAUCGACAGGCAUACUUACAACUUCUAUCAGUUUUCUGAUAUAUAAGUAAAGUUUAUGUUAUCUUUAUUUGAAGACUUACAGUUGUACCUGUUAAUUGCGCAUAUACCGAGCUAAUUGCCUCGUCUUUUUGCCACAAAUGUCAUUGAUUCGACGAAAAUCACGCGCCUGUCAAUUUUGACAGCAAAUAUGAUUGUUCAUCGUAGUUAUAUGGCCUUGUAAUUUCUACUUACAAAACACACAAAGGUAUAAAUGUCCAUUAAGAUGAAAGCAAAUCAAUUCGUCACUAAGACAUCCUGAUUAGAACUUGUUUAUCAAAGCUCGUUAAAUAAUUACUAUAUUUAUCAAUUGAUUUGGGUAAAAUAAAUCGGACAUAGCUUUGGCUUUUUUCUCUGAUAAUUUGUCUUUUAAAAAUAAAAAGGAAAAAAAUUGUAAAGCAUUCACAUUUAAUUUUAUGGAAUUAUUAAUUCAAAAGUUCUAAAACUUUUUUGUGAUAAACGAUUGUAAACUAAACCAUGUUGGUUAAGUAUUGCAUUUUCGCAAUUGGCUUGAUUUCACCUGUGACGUCAUUCAGUCACGGCGCCCCGGAUUUCUCGUGCAAGGAUCCGUCAACGUUUCAUACAAGAAGAUUGAAUGGAACACACGAAGGUAUCAUUAUGCCAGAGGACAUGUUAAUAAUUCCUUACACCGUUGAUACAGAUGUGACCAAAUACCGACCAGGACAAAAAAUAACAGUUACUCUACAGUCAAGUGACACAAAGAGCCCGUUACGUGGAUUUUUCAUACAGGCAGUUCAGGCAGGGAUACAUCUCCGAGAUUUACGACGACGGGCGUUUGGAAAGUUUGAGAACACAACUGACGACGAACGGCCGUCGGUAUGUCAAUCAUUCAGGACAACAGAAACAACGGGGAUCACACAUUCCAACAAUAAGGGAAAGCAACGUGUGACAGUUACCUGGGUCGCGCCUACGGAGUACAAUCCAGGAGAAAUCCAAUUUCUGGCGACAGGUGUGUUAGACUAUGCGACAUACUGGACCGAUAUACGGUCUCAGCGACUUAUACCAGACGGUUAUAACACUCCAUCAGAAAACAAUAUAAGCGGGAGAUAUACACCAACUGCGGCAUGGUUCCGGUGGCUACAAUACCUCCGCCAGAUGCAGCUACUCAAGCAGAACCUCGGUAUACCAAUCAAGGCAUCACAGGAUACUAACGGGGCGGGGCAUGAUCACGAUCACCACCACCAUCAUCAUGAUCAUCAUGACCACGCCCACGACCAUGCACAUGGUGUUACGAAUAAGACAGAUGCCGCGGUGACGCCGAAAAAAUCAGAGAUUCCUACUACAACAGUCAAACAAAAGGUUUAAUUCAAACUUGCAAAGACGCUGUCAAUAUAUUUCACCUAUUGUGUAAAUUGUUUCUUUUUCUCUCGUACUUUGC